AUGCGAGCAGCUCAGCUAAUGAAGAGGUAUCUCAAAAAUAUCUCGUUAAGGUACUACGCAGGAUGGGCCGACAAAUAUCACGGCAAAACUAUACCGAUUAGAGGCGAUUACUUCACAUACACGCGACACGAACCGGUGGGAGUCUGCGGCCAAAUCAUUCCGUGGAACUUUCCUCUUCUCAUGCAAGCAUGGAAGCUUGGGCCAGCGCUGUCAAUGGGCAACGUUGUAGUUAUGAAGCCAGCUGAACAAACUCCACUCACUGCUCUUCAUGUGGCUGGCCUGAUCAAGGAGGCAGGGUUCCCUCCAGGUGUAGUGAAUCUGCUCCCAGGCUAUGGACCAACAGCUGGGAACGCCAUAGCCACCCACCAUGAUGUGGACAAAGUAGCUUUUACUGGUUCAACGGUUAUCGGACGAGUUGUAAUGAAAGCAGCAGCGGAGAGUAAUAUCAAGAAAACCACUCUUGAACUGGGUGGCAAGAGUCCCAAUAUUAUAUUUGCUGAUGCAGAUCUUGACCAAGCUGUUCAACUGGCCCACUUUGGCAUAUUCUUCAAUCAAGGCCAAGUGUGCUGCGCAGGUUCUCGUGUUUUCGUGGAAGGAAAGAUUUAUGAUGAGUUCAUUGCACGCUCCAAGGCUCUAGCUGAAAAGAGGAAGCUUGGAGAUCCGUUCGAUUUGAGUACUCAGCAAGGACCUCAGGUAUGGCAACUUCAUGUAGUUCCUAGAAUGAUUAUGUCCCUUCCAUCGGUUAUCCUAAUCGUGAUCGAAUUGAUCUAUUUUGAGGUCGACCAAGAGCAGCUGAAUACAAUUGAGCGUUAUGUACAGCUUGGCAAAAAGGAGGGCGCUCAACUGGUAACAGGUGGAAAGCAGUGGGGAAAGGAAGGUUUCUUCUACGAGCCGACCAUAUUCGCCAAUGUCAAAGACGAAAUGGCAAUUGCUCAAGAAGAGAUUUUCGGACCAGUGAUGAGCGUCAUACGCUUUGAUACCAUGGACAAUCUUGUAGAAAUAGCCAACAAUACAAUCUAUGGUCUAGCGGCUGCUACUAUGACAAAAGAUAUCGACAAAGCUCUUUAUGUUGCCAAUAAUAUCAGGGCAGGAACAGUUUGGGUGAACUGCUACGAUGCAUUCGAUGCAGGUGCACCGUUUGGUGGAUAUAAGCAGUCAGGUAUUGGACGUGAACUUGGCGAGUACGGCCUCGAAGCCUACACAGAAGUGAAGACUGUAACCAUCAAAGUUUCCCAGAAGAACUCGUAG